UUUCAAGCUUCUCCUUCAUUCCUCCCUAAAUUCCAUGCCCAGGCUUCCAGUUCCCAGAGGAGACGUGUCUCUUAUUUAAGCAAAGACAAGCCCCCUGGAUACUGGACCAAGAAGUCCUGAGGAGCUGCUCUCCAGAGCAAAAGAUCAGUAUUGAAAUGAAGGACACUAUAGAGGAGAUAAGCCUUUCUGUGGUAGAACCUCACAGUCUACCAUCCAUAAGUCCCUGUGACUUCACUUGGAGAGAAAUCUGUGUUACACAAGAGAAAGUUCAAACUGGCAAGAAAUCUUAUGAAUGUAACCAAUGUGGAAAGGGUUUUAGAAAAAAGGCAGCUCUUACUGUACAUCAGAGAAUCCACACAGGAGAGAAACCUUUUGCAUGUAACCAGUGUGGAAAGGCUUUUAGAAGUAAGGGAGCUCUUACUGUACAUCAGAGAAUACACACUGGAGAGAAACCUUAUGAUUGUAACUACUGUGGACAGGCUUUUCGAAUCAAGAACUAUCUUAUUGAACACCAGAAAACCCACACUGGAGAAAAACUUUAUGAAUGUAACCAGUGUGGAAAGGGUUUUAUAUGCAAAAAAAGUCUUACUCUACAUCAGAGAAUCCACCCUGGGGAGAAGCCUUAUGAAUGUAAGCAAUGUGGAGAGACUUUUAGAUUCAAGGGAAGUCUUUAUGGACAUCAGAAAAUCCACUCUGGAGGGAAAUUUUAUGAGUUGGUGAUAUUCAGGGAUGUGGCUGUGGACUUCACCCAAGAGGAGUGGGACCUCUUGGACCCUCCCCAGAAGGAGUUGUACAAGGAGGUCAUGCUGGAGAAUGCCCGGAACCUGCUGUCCUUGGGGCUUCCAGUUCCCAGAGAAGACGUGAUCUCAUAUUUUAAGCAAAGACAAGUACCUUGGAUGCUGGACCAAGAAGGCCUGAGGAGCUGCUCUCCAGAGCAAGAGAUCAGCAUUGAAAUGAAGGACAAUACUGAGGAGAAAAGCUUUUCUGUUGUAGAACCUCAAAGGCCACCAUUCAUAACUGCCUGUGACUCCAUUUGGAGAGAAAUCUGUGUUACACAAGAGAAAAGUCAAACUGACAACAAACCUUAUGAAUGUAACCAGUGUGGAAAGGGUUUUCGAAAAAGGGGAACCCUUACUGUACAUCAGAAAAUCCACACGGGAGAGAAACCUUUUGCAUGUAACCAGUGUGGAAAAGGUUUUAGGAAAAAAGGAGCUCUUAUUGCACAUCAAAGAACCCACACUGGAGAGAAACCUUAUGGUUGUAACCACUGUGGAAAGGCUUUUACACAAAAGGGAGCUCUUCUUGCACAUCAGAGAAUUCACACUGGAGAGAAACCUUAUGAGUGUAACCAGUGUGGAAAGGCUUUUAGGAGCAAGGGAAUUCUGAUUAGACAUGAGAGAAUCCACACUGCAGAGAAACCUUAUGAUUGUAACCAGUGUGGAAAGGCUUUUUGUAGCAAGGGAACUCUUAUUACACAUGAGAGAAUUCAUACUGGAGAGAAACCUUAUGAUUGUAACCAGUGUGGAAAAACUUUUUGCAGCAAGGGAACUCUUACUACACAUGAGAGAAUCCACAAUGGAGAGAAACCUUAUGAAUGUAACCACUGUGGAAAGGCUUUUAGAAGCAAGGGACAUCUUAUUGUACAUCAGAGAACCCACACUGGAGAGAAACCUUAUGAUUGUAACCGCUGUGGAAAGGCUUUUAGCAGUAAGGGAGCUCUUAUUAGACAUGAGAGAAUCCACACCGGAGAGAAACCUUAUAAUUGUAACCACUGUGGAAAGGCUUUUAAACAAAAGAAAGAUCUUAUUGCACAUCAGAGAACCCACACUGGAGAGAAACCUUAUGAAUGUAAACACUGUGGAAAGGCUUUUAGAAGCAAGGGAGCUCUUAUUGAACAUCAGAGAACCCACACUGGAGAGAAACCUUAUGAGUGUAACCAGUGUGGAAAGGCUUUUAGAAGCAAGGGAGAUCUUAUUGUACAUCAGAGAAUCCACACUGGAGAGAAACCUUAUAAAUGUAACCAGUGUUUAAAGGGUUUUAUUGGUAAAGGAAUUCUUGUUAGACAUCAGAGAAUCCAUACUGGAGAGAAACCUUAUGAAUGUAACUACUGUGGAAAGGCUUUUAGAAGCAAGGGACAUCUUAUUAGACAUGAGAGAAUCCACACUAGAGAAAAACCUUAUGAUUGUCACCACUGUGGAAAAGCUUUUACACAAAAGGGAGUUCUUACCGUACAUCAGAGAAUCCACACUGGGGAGAAACCUUAUGAGUGUAACCAUUGUAGAAAGGCUUUUAGAAGCAAGGGAGAUCUUACUGUACAUCAGAGAAUCCACACUGGAGAGAAACCUUAUGAAUGUAAUCAGUGUGGAAAGGCUUUUAGAAGCAAGGGAGAUCUUACUGUACAUCAGAGAAUCCACACUGGAGAGAAACCUUGUGAUUGUAACCAGUGUGGAAAGGCUUUUAGAAGCAAAGGAGAUCUUACUCUGCAUCAGAGAAUCCACACUGGAGAGAAACCUUGUGAUUAUAACCAGUGUGGAAAGGCUUUUACAUGAAAGGAUUGCCUUAUUAUCCAUAAGAGAAUCCACACUGAGGAAAAUCCUUAUGACUGUAACCAAGACUGAAACUUAGAUUCAAGUGAAGUCUUUAUGGACAUCAGAAAAUCCACACUGGAGGGAAAUCUUAUGUGCGUAAUGAAUGUGGAAAGGGUUUUGUAGAAAAACCCUGAUGGGUUCUAGCCAGAUUUUUCAAGAAAUCUAAAGGCGUUAAAAUAAGGAGGAAAAUGAAAUUGGGGGAGGUCAGCCAGAUCCCUUGUAUGAGAAGUCUCAUGAUUCAGGGCUUUGUGCUUCUGAAUUGAAUUGUUCAAUAUAACUGCUACCGGCUUUGCAGUCAGAAACCAUGGGACUUUUUGUUUUGUUAUGUUUUUCUGUAGAUAAUCUCUGAAUUCUUUCCUUUAUAUUUUCAGUUUUUCUCUGUUUAGAAGUUCUGCCCACUUCUCUUGAAUUGUUUUCAUCCUCAAGUCCCAUUUUUCCUCCAGUUAUGUGUUUCCAGGAGAUCCAUGAUCCUUGGGAUUGCUGUCUUAGAAUAAAAUGCACUUUAUUUCAGUAAGGGG